AUGGAAUGUGAACAUCCUCUGAAGGAUGAGUCCCAAGUGAAUGACUGCUUUCGUCUCCUUCCACUCGAAAUCCGCUUCGAAAUCGCCUAUCUUCUUCCAACGCCCGAAUACCUCAGCUUAAGACUUGCGUCGAAAGCUAUGGUUCACAUAUUUGAAAACCAGGAAUUCUGGAAAACACGCUUCUUCAUUCAUCGGGAACGAGGAUAUCUCAACUAUCUCUUGGAAGAAGGUUGUGGAGACUGGAGAUUAAUGUACCGCUGCACUAGCAGACUCAAGCGUCUAGCCCGGACACUACGUUUUCGAAGGCUACAGUGGCUUCAUAACGAGUGGAUCAAAGAUAGGUGUAUGAUGAUUGGAGCUCCAAUAUCUACGUCGCCUGAGAAUACAGCUCAAUUUGAUGGCCUAGUGUGGGAAAGAGCCGCAGGAAAAGUCCAAUGCGAUAGGCCUUACAAAUCCGAAAUCCCUCCUCCAUCUUCACUCGGCAAUGACAUCUGCCAGCGAUGUCGUGGGGUGCAUAACCUAUUACCACCUCAGAUGGUCACCAUCUCUAGUGACCUCGUGGAAAUCGCUGUCUCCGUACUUGCUGAAGAUGAACAUUCAUUUAUUACCGGGCUAAACCUUGUCUACGGCGAAAGUUCACCAAGCAUUAGCCUUGGCUAUCAAAUCCCUCAAAAGCAGAUCAAGAUUGAUCUCCGUGGUCAGCCGUUGAAAGGCUUCGAAGUCCUCGCUGGCGAAGGGGGCAUCCAGGCCAUACGUCCAAUAUUUGACCAAAAACAUGGAAUAAGCCGUAGCAUGAUUGGAAAGCCGAAUGCAACUUGCAAAUCGGUACUACUUAACCCAGAUGGAGAGAUAAAAGCCUUUGCGGGGUAUUUCGAUGUUCAUUGCGUCCAGAAUCAUUUUGCUGAGCAGAGAGACGCAAACUAA